UUUGGUGGUGUGCUGUUACUGAUGGGGUGCUGAACUCUUUUUGACAGGAAGUGGUUUUGCUGUAUUUUUCUCCUUGCCUGCUUUGUGCUUGCCUUAGAUGAAACAAGAUGUGUAGCCUUCAGAAGGGGGCCAUUUCACAUGUCCUGCUUUCUUUUUAAAAAGCUGAAGCUGGAGGUUGUUGGGGGAGAUGAGAAAAAGAGCGCACAGCAGAAUAUCGAUUUAACGUAUUAAUCAUGCAGCAGUUACCAGCUUCUGAAAAGCUACACCCUUCCCACGAAAGCACAGGGGCUGUUCAGAUGAGGAUCAAAAGUCCCACCAGCACCCAUGACCGAUCCAGCCAAAGCAAAUCUAUGAUCUAUUCUGAAAAUCUGAAAGUCGUUGAGUCUCUAUCUCGUCACAGACGGAAUCAUUCCCAACAUAAUAUACCACAUCUUGAUUGCCUUGUUCCAUUGGAAAAACAGAUUAUCAAAGAAGGCUAUCUUCUAAAGGCUAAGAUUGCAGAUGAAGGCAAGAAGCUAAGGAAAAACUGGACUUACUCUCGGAUUGUUCUCACUGGACGGAAAAUGGAAUUCUUUAAGGAAUCGAAACAGCCAGCUGUGCCCAAUCUGAAAAGCCCCAAAUCUGAAUGGCUGGACUUGUGUGGAGCUCAGAUUGAGUGGACCAAGGAAAAAUCUAGCAAAAAGAAUGUCUUCCAGGUCACAACAGUUUCAGGAAAUGAGGUCCUUCUUCAAUCAGAUAUUGACUUCAUCAUAUUUGACUGGUUCCGUGCUAUCAAAAACACAAUUGACAGAUUGCCUAAAGAGAAGAGUUACAUAUCAAAGAACAAUGAGCUCAAAAUUCAGAGAUCUUCUAGUUCUGAAUUACUGAGUGUUCAUGCCAACAGUAAGGAACCAAAAACAGAAAAUAGAAAAUCUUUAAUUUUCAGGCUGAACUAUAGCAAGUCUGAUACAAAUGACACAAGCCAAGUUAAGAGCAGAUUAAAGAAGUUUAUCACUCGAAGACCUUCUCUGAAAACUUUGCAAGAAAAGGGAAUCAUUAAAGAUCAGAUUUUUGGUGCUUACCUACACAAUGUGUGUGAACAUGAUGGCUCUACUGUCCCUCACUUCGUUAAAAUGUGCAUAAAAGCGGUUGAGGAACGAGGUCUGGAUGUUGAUGGAAUAUACAGAGUCAGCGGCAAUCUGGCAACGAUACAGAAGUUACGAUUUGUUGUCAAUCAAGAAGAGAAGCUGAAUUUGGACGACAGCCAGUGGGAGGACAUCCACGUUGUCACCGGAGCACUCAAGAUGUUUUUCAGAGAACUGCCUGAGCCUCUGUUCCCAUACUGCUUCUUUGAACAGUUUGUGGAGUCAAUAAAAAUCCAAGAACAUGAUAGCCAAGUGAAAGCCAUAAAGGACCUUGUACAGAGAUUGCCCAGGCCAAACUAUGACACCAUGAAAAUACUGUUUGCACAUCUGCAAAAGAUAGCAGCCAAGGAGAACAGGAAUCUUAUGUCACCCCAGAGUUUAGGAAUUGUUUUUGGACCAACUCUCCUUCGACCUGAAAAAGAGACAGGAUCUAUGGCAAUCCACAUGCUGUAUCAAAACCAACUGAUUGAGCUGAUGCUAACUGAAUACACCAAGAUCUUCAGUUCUGACUGACAGACUGGGAAUGUUGCUGAAUAUGUUCACAUCUGUCUUGAUACCUAAUAUUUUUACAUUUCUGUAAACAUCUUUUUAAAAUAUUUUUUUUUCUUUCCAGUGACAGAUGCCUCAUUUUGUGAAAACUUAGUGAUGGUUUUGUCUUUACAUUUCCAAACAUUGAAAUAAAAAUAUAUUGUCAA